AUGCCCGGGAUCGUGGUGUUCCGCCGGCGCUGGUCUGUGGGCAGCGACGACCUGGUCCUGCCCGCCAUCUUCCUCUUCCUCCUGCACACCACCUGGUUUGUGAUCCUCUCGGUGGUGCUCUUCGGCCUGGCGUACAACCCCAACGAGGCGUGCUCCCUCAACCUGGUGGACCACGGCCGCGGCUACCUGGGCAUCCUCCUGAGCUGCAUGAUCGCCGAGAUGGCCAUCAUCUGGCUGAGCAUGCGGGGCGGCAUCCUCUACACGGAGCCCCGGGAGUCCAUGCAGUAUGUGCUCUACGUGCGCCUGGCCAUCCUGCUGAUCGAGUUCAUUUACGCCAUCGUGGGCAUCGUCUGGCUCACCCACUAUUACAACUCCUGCAACGACGUCACGGCCAAGAACGUCACCCUCGGAAUGGUUGUCUGCAAUUGGGUCGUCAUCCUGAGCGUCUGCAUCACUGUCUUUUGUGUCUUUGACCCCACGGGACGGACCUUCGUCAAACUGAGGGCCACCAAGAGGAGGCAGAGGAACCUUCGGACAUACAACCUGCGGAGCCACCCUCAUCCCCACGCCCAGGCCACAGCCGGCCCUGCAGUGAGCCUCGGCUCUCGGCCACUCUUGACCGAGCACCCAACUGAGCCUCCCAUGGCAGCCUCACAGAAGAUGGAAGCCCUGAAGCACCUGGAGCUGGCGUCCCGCCUGGGCAGGACAGGCUGCUCAGGGGCCCCAAAUCCAGGCAUUGUUUUUCAGUCCUGCCCUUCUGGCCCAACACAAACCCUGCAGAUCCAUACUGAAGCAGAGAAGUGCUGCCUCUGCCCUUCUCGCCCCCGUUUUGCCCCUGGAGUCACCAUUGAAGAAGACAAUUGCUGCGGUUGUAAUGCCAUCGCCAUCCGCCGCCAUUUCCUGGACGAAAACAUGAACUCGGUGGACAUUGUCUACACCUCGUGCCACGAUGCGGUCUACGAAACUCCCUUCUACGUGGCUGUGGACCACGACAAGAAGAAGGUGGUGAUCAGUAUCCGAGGAACCUUGUCCCCUAAGGAUGCCCUAACGGAUCUGACUGGAGAUGCAGAGCGCCUCCCAGUGGAGGGCCACCACGGAACGUGGCUGGGCCACAAGGGGAUGGUCCUCUCCGCUGAGUACAUCAAGAAGAAGCUAGAACAAGAGAUGGUCCUGUCACAAGCCUUUGGGCGGGAUCUGGGCAGAGGAACCAAACACUACGGCCUGAUCGUGGUGGGCCACUCUUUGGGCGCAGGCACAGCUGCCAUCCUUUCCUUCCUCCUGCGCCCUCAGUACCCAACUAUCAAGUGCUUUGCCUACUCGCCCCCAGGGGGCUUGCUGAGCGAGGACGCCAUGGAAUACUCCAAAGAGUUUGUGACGGCCGUGGUCCUCGGCAAGGACCUGGUGCCCAGGAUUGGGCUCUCUCAGCUCGAAGGCUUCCGCAGGCAGCUCCUGGACGUCCUUCAGCGCAGCACCAAGCCCAAAUGGCGGAUCAUCAUCGGGGCCACCAAGUGCAUCCCCAAGUCAGAGCUGCCAGAGGAGGCCGAAGUGACCGCCAUGGCCAGCAACCGCCUCUCGACCCACCCCAGCGACCUGACCAUCGCGCUGUCGGCCAGCACGCCCCUGUACCCCCCCGGUCGCAUCAUCCACGUGGUACACAACCACCCGGCUGAGCACUGCUGCUGCUGUGAGCAGGAGGAGCCCACGUACUUUGCUAUUUGGGGGGACAACAAGGCCUUCAAUGAAGUGAUCAUCUCUCCGGCCAUGCUCCACGAGCACCUGCCUUACGUGGUCAUGGAGGGGCUCAACAAGGUGCUGGAGAACUACAACAAGGGGAAGACGGCCCUGCUGUCUGCGGCCAAAGUCAUGGUGAGCCCCACCGAGGUGGACCUGACCCCGGAGCUCAUCUUCCAGCAGCAGCCCUUGCCUACUGGUCCCCCGGGAAGCUCCGUCCACUCCCUGGAGCCCCCGCCAGCCGCCCAGAGGAGCAGCAGCAUCAAGAGCAAGUCCCAGUCCGAGAUCAGCCUGGAGGGUUUCUAUGAGACCAAGGCCUUGUCCCCGGCGAGGAAGGACCCGGUGGAGCUGCUGCUGCUCACCACCCAGGAGCGCCUGUCGGUGGAGCUGCAGGCCCGGCGGGCCCCGCUGGCCACCAUGGAGAGCCUGUCGGACAAUGAGUCCAUCUACAGCUUCGACUCUCGUCGCUCCUCCGGUUUCCGCAGCAUCCGGGGCUCGCCGAGCCUGCACGCUGUCAUGGAGAGGGACGAGGGCCACUGCUUUUACAUCGACCCGGCCAUCCCCGAGGAGAACCCUUCCCUCAGCUCGAGGACAGAACUGCUGGCCGCCGACAGCCUGUCCAAACACUCGCAGGACACGCAGCCUCUGGAGGCCGGGCUCGGAGACGGCGGCGGCGGCGGGGAGAGCCCGCGGCGGCGCUCCAGCGGAGAGGAGGGUGGCUCUUCCCCGGCGCCGGCCAGGGGGGAGCUGACCCUGCACAACGGGCGGCUGGGGGACUCGCCGAGUCCUCAGGUCCUCGAGUUUGCCGAGUUCAUUGACAGCCUCUUCAACCUGGACAGCAAGAGCAGCUCGUUCCAAGACCUCUACUGCAUGAUGCUGUCCGAGAGCCCCGGGGGCGACUACGGCGCGCUGCCCAAGUCGGUGAGCGAGCAGGAGAUCCUGCUGCGGGCCCAGUACGAGCCCAAUCUGGUGCCCAAGCCCCCUCGGCUCUUCGCGGGGUCCACCGACCCCUCCUCGGGCAUCUCCGUGUCGCCCUCCUUCCCCCUCAGCUCCUCCGGGGAGCUCAUGGACUUGACGCCCACCGGCCUGAGCAGUCAGGAGUGCCUGGCCGCGGACAAGAUCCGGACUUCUCCCACCGGCCACUCGGCCAGUCCCUCCAAGCAGGAGGACCUCAUGAUCUCGGCCCUCUACCAGUCAGUGAAGGCCCCUGGGGUCCGCCAUAAGCCGGGGGGCAGGCGAGCGGGCCGGGCCGGGAAGGGACCAGGAGGGGCCCGGCAACCUCCAGCUCGGAUUCGUCACAGCUCCAAGGGCCCCAGCCUGCCCCCGCCCCUGCCCGGCCACUCCAGCUUCGCCCUGCCCUCCCCCUGGGGCCCAGAGGCGGGGCAGGAGCUCCUCUCGGCCCUCACUGACCCUCGAGCCCCGGGCCGGGGUCGCGCAGCCCUCCCCGAGCGUUGUAGACAGCAGCCUAAGCCCAGGCUUCGAAGUGAGCUUUUAGCCCCAGAGCCCCUGCGGGUCCUGGGGGCAGCCAGACCCGGGGCAGCCCUGGGAGGACAGCGAUGUGUCCUCACACCUUGGAUGCCAGUAUUUGAAACGAAACCCUUUGCUACCUCCUCUCCGCCCUGUGGCUGGGCCACCUCGCUCUUAGGACGCAUCUCCCUCCUUCCCUUUGAAGGGGGCCUCGAGAAGGAGCUCCUGCCCGGGGCUGCUGCUCCGGCCCCCCUGCUGGCCCCCGUUAGCAGCAAGGGGAGCCUCCGCCGAGUCCAGGAAGGUUGCCUUAUAGGCAGCCCUAGGCUCCCCCCUCCUGACCCCACUGCCCUGUGA